AUGACAUACAAGUGCACACAUAUGAUCAUGUUUUGCCUAUAUUAAUCACAUGAUUCCCAAUGCAUUUUAUUACCCAAAUCAUUUUUUUUUUUGGAGUGUAUUGAUAGAGGCUUAAAUCAAAUGUUAGCUGGCCAAUAGCCAAGCAAAAUGGGCAAGUCAAGGCAUGGGGUUGUAAACAAAUAGGCAAAUUUUGAGCCUGUAGAGGGAAGUGUCGAGUAUUGAAGUCUAUACGAGGGGGAAAAAGCAGAGAGAAAGAGCCGCAGGAUCAUGAACGAACGAGGUAGCAUCGAGGGGAAGAGGAGGAGGCAGAAGCAGAGGAUCAGCCGUUUCCUGCUGUAGCUGUAACAGGGCAAAGAGAGAACGAGGAGGAGGAGGUUUAAAGCCGGCUCGGUGGGGUUUUAUUUUUGAGCUGUCACCUAUUGAACGAAAUUUAAAAGCCUCUCCGGUUUGCACGGUCGAGGCGUGUAGAGGAUAAUGCUGGACUUCGUGAUCCCGUUGAGUAGCAGCGCCAGGCUGGAGAAGCUCAUCCCUCACAUCGAGAGGCUGUUCAGGGUGAGAGUGAGCGUCGGGCCUGCGGCGGAGAGCAGCAGAUGGGUCCACAUCGAGCAGGCAGCAGAGGCACAGGAGGGGCCCAGGAAAGCAAAGGAUUAUAUACUAUCCCUGUGCUCAUCAGACCACAAGAAGUGCGAGAGUAUUACAGCAAGUUUGCGGAAGCAGUUAAUUGAGCUGAAGGAUACCAUUGAAUAUGAGAGUCUAGCAGUACUAGAAAUAAAAGAGAAGAGUAUAGAAAUCACGGGAGGCCAAAUUAACGUAAUGACUGCCUGGUCAAUGUUUGAGAAGUUGAACACGGAGAACAGCUCCUCCAAAGAAGAUAAGAAGCUUCAUCUCGAGAUUGGUGACUGUCGGACAAAUUCUGAGGACUGGACAAGCUCUGACAGUGAUUCAGAACAAGUCCCUCACAAAAGGAAAGGGAAGGAGAUUGUGAGCAAACCACACAGACAGCUCUGCCGCUCGCCUUGCCUCGAACGACCUGUUCUUUCCAAAGGCGGUGUCCUGCAGGAUUUUCAAAGUGAGGACAACAAAUCCAAACUCGAUGAGGGCUGCAAAUCUGCAAGUUUGGAUAAGGAAUACCAGGCCAAGAUGGAGUUUGCCUUAAAACUCGGGUAUUCGGGAGAACAGAUACAAACUGUGCUCAAUAAACUGGGAUCAGAUGCUCUUAUUAAUGACAUUCUAGCUGAGCUGGUCAGACUUGGGAACAAAAGUGAAUCUGAGCCACAACCCAACAGUAUGGCCACUACGGGCACCUUGGUGGCCAGGGGCCAGUGUGUGAAGGAGAUCACCAGCCCAGAACUGUCUUUGGAGGAUGAAGUGGUGGACGAUUCUGACAAUUUGAGACCUGUAGUCAUCGAUGGAAGUAAUGUGGCAAUGAGUCAUGGAAACAAGGAAGUCUUCUCUUGCCUUGGAAUUCAGCUGGCUGCAGAAUAUUUCCUGGAAAAAGGACACAAAGACAUCACAGUGUUUGUUCCUGCUUGGAGGAAAGAACAGUCCAGGCCAGAUGCACCGAUCAAAGAUCAAGAAAUAUUACGCAAACUUGAGAAAGAGAAAAUCCUGGUCUUCACACCAUCCCGGAGGGUGCAAGGAAGGAGAGUGGUCUGUUAUGAUGAUCGAUUCAUUGUAAAGUUGGCCUUUGACUCGGAUGGCAUUAUUGUGUCAAACGACAACUACAGGGAUCUGCAGAAUGAAAAGCCCGAGUGGAAGAAAUUUAUAGAGGAACGUCUUCUGAUGUAUUCCUUUGUGAAUGACAAGUUCAUGCCACCCGAUGAUCCGUUAGGACGUCAUGGUCCCAGCUUGGAUAACUUCCUUAGAAAGCGGCCCGUUAUUCCUGAACAUAAGAAGCAGCCUUGUCCUUACGGGAAGAAGUGCACUUACGGCCACAAGUGUAAAUACUACCACCCGGAGCGCGUGAACCAGCUGCAGCGCUCGGUUGCUGAUGAGCUUCGUGCGAGUGCUAAGUUGUCCGCUGUGAAAACCAUGAGCGAAGGAGCACUGGCAAAAUGCGGCAUCGCCAUAUCGGGCGUGAAAGGCGAAGCCGUGUCCGAGAUCAAGCGGGUCGCCCCAAAGCGCCAGUCUGACCCCAGCAUACGAGCUGUGGUUUGCGAGCCAGAGGAGCGACUGGCGCCAGCUCACAGACUCGAGACUAACUCUGUGCCUUCUUUGGUCAGUCCUGUCCCCGGUUCCAAACAGUUCAGUCACCAGAAGUCUUCACAAGAGCAUUUAUCCACAUUACAUUAUCCCCCCAUCCUCGUAACAAACAGCCAUGGGAACUCUGUGAGUUACACAGAGCAGUACCCAAAAUAUGACUCUACGCUGGACACUGGCUAUUAUUCCAUGAUAAAUGACUUCUCGAAUUUAAGCAUCAACAGUAUGCGUAACCACGAUAGUUAUUAUGGGUUAGAAUCGGAACACGUUUUGUAUCCCAGAAACCACAGUCCUCAUUCAGAAACCUGCAUUGCAGGAAAUGAUUCCUAUUCGUCGUACAAUGACUUGGCAUACCUUGGCACUGUGGAUACUGGCCCAGAGGAGAAUGUGAAGUCUCAUCAAUCGCAGUCACAGAAUAGGCUCCAGCCUUUCAUUCAUGGCUACCAUGAACCCAUAACACGAGUUCAGAGCUAUGGACCCGAGGAACCGAAACAACCCCAGCGUAAGCAGUCCAUCUCCCACCUGGUUCCUCAUAUCCAGCAUUCUGCAGUUGGGGCUCGUUCCAGUUGUCCUGGAGACUACCCUUUCCCUCAGAACAUUCAUCCCUCCACUAAUAGUCACUCUGGUCGGGCUCUAAUAAUGACCAGGCUGGACAGUAUUUCUGAUUCAAGACUCUAUGAGAACAAUCCAAUGAGGCAACGAAGGCCUCCACUCUGCAGAGAGCAACAUACCAGCUGGGACCACCUGCCCUGCGUCACGGACUCUUACAGGUACCCCUCAUACCCUUUGACUAAUAACCUGAUGCAACCCAGUUAUGAGCCUGGCAUGUUCAGGAGUAUGCCGGAAAAGAUAGAGCAGAUCUGGAGGUCACCCUGGCAGGGAAUGCCUGCAGAGCACCAGGACCAUCUGACAAUUCGAGAGCAUCAGUACCAAACCUAUCGUAACCUCUGUAACAUCUUCCCAGCCGACAUAGUCCAUGCGGUCAUGGAAAAGAACCCUCACGUGACUGACCCGCAGCAUCUUGCUGCAGAGAUUGUUGCCAAGCAACUGCGAUCUGGGAGGUAAUUUGGAAGACUGAAGGCCGAACACAGGACCAGCUAAGAGAAGUCCGUUUAAUGCACAACAUUUGUGAAAUAUGAGUUGCCUAACACAGUGGGUUUGAAAUGUUAUAAAUAUCUUUAUGGUGUUCAAUUAUCUGUAGGGAGUUGAGGCAGCUUUGAAAAGGGAAUGAAUACCUUUCACUUUUUUUGUUUUUCCUCAUUGAUUUUUGACUUCAAUUCUGAAUUUUUACUUUUUCUUGAAUUCACUGUUCAGCGUGAGUUUUAAAGUGUACAUACCAUUUUUGAACAAGAAAAUGUAUGUUAAAAUUAUUCAAAUUCCAAACGAGUGUAAUUUUAAGUAGUACAAUAUUUGGAAGUAUUGAAACCACUGAGAGAGUCUAAUGACAUCACCGAGCUAAUUUAAAGCAGAAAUAUUUACCCAUUUGCAUGGAUUUAGAUGAUGAUCCUGUCUAAGGUAUCCAUUUUCUGUUUAAGGUUCCCAGCCAAAAGAGCUUUCUUGGUGUAUGGCAUGUCAAACCAUUUCCUUUAGACCAUGAUCUCCUCGUAAGGGCGGAGAAUUUGCAGCCACACCACCUUUUUAAAAGCAUUAUAUUUUUUGUCUUCAGGCUGCACUGACGUGCCACUAUCUUUAAAAAGCAAUGUGUAUUGCUGAAAUCUGACGAGCUUGAUAUGUUUCAAGCUAGGUCUGGAAAAAAAAAAGUUUUUCAUGGAAGUUGAGAAGGUCUUUUGGGGCCUUUGUUUCUCUUCAUGAGAAGGUCUGACACUGCCUAAAUGUUUCUUACUGUGAAACACAUGGAAUGUGAGGCUGCAGUCAGGGUUAUUUCUGACGUUUUGCCAAUGGCUUGCAAAUGCUGUGUAGUUGUUUCUAUUUCUUACAAUGACAAUACAAUCACUUUAGUUUAAAACUACCAAUUUGUCAUAAAAUUCUUUACUGAAAAAUGCACUGACAGGAAUGUUAACAUUUUUAAAAUGUAAACAUCUUAAAUUAAUAUGAUUCCAAGAAUAGAAGGAAUUCUAGAUAUGAUUCCAAUUAUAUCUAAGACCUUCUGUAUCUAGUUAGUAUAAGAUGAUAAUUGCAGUUCUUUUGUAAUGACGUGAUUUAAUCAAGACCACGAGAGUCUAAGGUUAAGAUCUUGGUCUGCUGAGUUUGCUGAUCACAGCCAGGCUGGUAGAAGGUGCACUAAUAUUAACCUUAGUGGGAGAGGGAAUAAAAGUUAUCUAGGGAUCCUAGUCUUCUUUGGUAACCUGUGGCCACUCUGGAGAGAGAACCUGGGUCAGUAUAGAGAUUGGAAAGGAUCAGUUUAAAAUGGACCUAUGCUAUCGCAUUAACUCCUAACAUUCUCUACACUGUUGGGAGUGUUUUCCAGGGAUGACUAUUGCCAGUAUUCAGCACAAGCGUAGAGAAAAUUGAUGAUAUAGCUGAUAGAUUAAAAAAUACAGUUCAUUUUGGUUGCACACCCAACAAUAUUAUAAUUUACGAUUCAAUACAGCAAACAGCAAUGCCUCGAAUGAUCAGAAAUGACCUUUGUUUGUUGAUACAAAUUGUAUCUCUUUUCUUGAUUGUAGAAAAUUAUUUAUUAAAUGUACAGUUAUCAUCGGUAGAAUAGCUUUAUCAAAUCUUGCCACAAUGUUUGUGACACUAUGUGUCACUGGGAGUAGCCCAUGGGUAUGUAUAAAUUUUUACUGGGCAUCGUAGUUUGUAGACCUGAAUUUUUAAUUCACGUUGUUCAAAUGUACACACACGUUGUGUACAAUGUUAGUAUCAUUAUUUGUUAUGUAUUUAUUAGGAUUAAAAAAAUAUUGUUUCCAUUGAUACCUCAACACACCCAGUAUUGUUUUGUAACACAUGCCAACUUUAAAUAGUCACUUUAUCUGUCUAAAAGCAGAGACCAAAACCUGUUUUGACUUUAACCACCAAUGUUUUGCAAAUUUCACCGUCACAGUAUGUCUACUCUAAACAUGAUGCAUCAGAAACAGGUUUCUAAGAUGCAUCCAUUGACUUUAUCUCAUUCUGUUACCUCACUGCACCCUCCUUUUCACUGACCAAGACUUUGUCGUUGAUGAGGACUGCUAAUGCCAGAGAUCUAUACUCAAUUCCCCGUGGCAUCUGCUCUGACAAUGCACAAGAUGUGCAGCUAACUCAGUGGAAUUGUUGAGAUUAAUUUACUUGGUUGCAUAAUACCAAAGGAAAAAUGGUUACUAAGCCUAUUUAUAUUCUUUGUUUCUGGAAUGAUGCCUGCAUAAUGAUGCCUGCAUAAUUCUUGCUCUCAACACCACCAGUGUAGACUUUAUAAAGAAUUACCGCUUCUUUAAAAUUUAAGUUUAAAGCUCAAAAUGCUGCAUCUUUGCAUCUCAUCCUUGGAAAACCUGAACCCACUGCUUUAUUUCUGGGAAUUUUUCACAGUUCUGAUCGAAGAAUAGAGUAUUUUACUUAAUGAAGUUACUUAGUUUUCUCUAUUCCAAGGGGAACAUUGUUAACCAAAAAUUACAUUCUAAAAUUGUAGGCUAAUUUGGAUAUACACACAUACAGGUCGAAGACUGACACUGCCUCCUCUCAGGGAAUCAUGCAUUUAGCUUCUUUGAGAAAAUACGUUACAUGAUUCAGAGUUUUGUAUUCUGUUGACUUUUUUUCAAUGUAUUGCAAUAUAAAGAUUAUGUAGGUAUUGCAGACUACUUCACUGAUAUUGAUCUCACUUUGAUUUGGCUACAUUUUGUGCUGCAGGGCAAGGUUACUCCAUUCAUUUUCUAAUGUAUAUAGAACCAUGCAGCUCAAAAACAGGCCCUUUUGAUCCAGUUUGCUUAUGCCGACCAAGGUGGCCCAUCUACACUCGUCCCACCUGCCCACCUUUGGCCCAUAUCCUUUCAAACUGUUCCAUAUCCAUGCACCUGUCCAAAUGCCUUUUAAAUGUUGUUACAGCUUCUGCCUCAACUACCUCCUCUGGCAGCUCAUUCUAUAUACCCACCACCUUCUGUGGUGGUAUAAUAAAUGUCACUUUUAAUGGAAACAAUAUUUUUAAAUUUACUGCCUGCAUAAUGCUUGCUCUUAUUAUGAGAGAGGGCUCCUCUGCAAAGGAAAUCUUUUAAAAUUGUCUUCAAAAGAAAUAAGGAUGAGUUCAAGAGAGCCUCUUCUUUUGGUUGGCUUAAUUAGAAUACCAGACCACAAAUUGAUAUUACCUCUUCAAACAAUUUUUAUAAUGACAGUUAAACAUUUUAGAUUAUUAAAAGUUAAUUUGGAAAGAAUUAAUCUUAAAGUACAAAAAUGAUGUUUAGUUAUUUAUAAGGAUCCAUAGGAAAUUCUAUAUGGUUUAAAAAUGCUGGUGAAGCCAAACAAAGGAAUGUUGCAGCUGUAAGCAAUAUUGUUGAGAUCAAGAAUGAGAUUUUGUUUCUGUUGUCCAUGUCUUUACAUAGAACAUUCUGUACCCUUACCGCCUAUGUGAAGAUUCAGAAACCCAGUGAUAGGGGCAAUAACCAUCCUGUACAAAUUGGGAAUGGUUAUUUUUGCAUCGGGUAGGUAGGGUCAGAUGGUCUCUUCAACCAAUUGUAAGAAUGGCUUUAUUUGCAUUAUUGAGCUUAUUUGCAUUAUUGAGCUAAAUAAGCGUUGCACUGUCCAAGUUAAACACUAGUCGAAUGUUCUGGGUGCUGUUCAGUGAGACCCUUCUAGUUCUUGCUUUUGUUGGUUGCAUCUACAAUCUUAUCUAUUAAUCGGAAGAGAAUAAUUCCUAUUUUUCCUGUAUAAAGUUUGUAAAAAUAAUUUUGAUUGGUUAAUCACUUUCUCUUUGCUACAUAUCUGGAGUUUGUACAUGUUCCCAGAUAUUAUCUAAGAAGUGUACCAUUUUUAGUGAAACUUGUUUGAAGAGAUCAUAUGGUUUGUGGUAGAUAUACUGUGUUUAGAUAACUUGUGUACAGAUAGUUUGGUAUUGUGUAAAAAUAUAUAUACCUAAUGUAUAUAUAUUUUAUUAGGUUAGUCCAGUUAUUUAAUUGAUCUAGUUUUUGUUCUGUUCCAUACAAAAUGAACACGUUAGCUUUUAUCUGUAGUAAACGAAAAAAAAAACUUUGGGUUUGUAGUCCCAAACAAAAUGUAAGUCUUAAUGACAAAAUGUGUCUCUGUCUCUUUGAGAAUUAAAAAAAAAGCAGAUAUGUUUUUAAGCGCUCUCUAUAAUCAGUACCUUUAAAUGCGCAACAUGUAUGGAUAAUGUGCUAAAUUGAGCCAAGUGUUGAAUGGUAUCAUUAUGUUCCUAAUUUUGAACACACAGCUGACUCUAGCUGUUGUUAUAUUUAUCAGUUACAAAAAGGCUGCUAAUGAGUUUAAUUAAUUUUCAGUCAUAAAGCAAAUCUUUGUCUAAGUGGCUUUUGUACAAAUGUAAAUAUUCAAAUAGGUGCAUUCAUAAGAUUGAUCACUACAGCUGUUUGCUUCUCUUCUGCACAGCAGUAACUAUUUAAGUCGGUGACAAGUGCGCUUUUUUCAGUGACCAUUUCUAAACAAAGUCAUCCUGACACUAAUUUACUGGUACCUAUCUGCUAUAAUUAAAACCAACCCAAUAUGUUUAUAAUAGUGUGCAAUACCAUGUCUGAGAUAUUCCAUCCGUAUAACUAACAAUGCCAGACCUGUAAACUCCAGCAUAAAAUGGUUAUCUCCUCGUUAAGAAAGGACAAACCUUGCCCUGUAUUUAGUAUUGUGUAAUGUUUACCACACUUUGUAUAUAUUUCACACAUAGGCCCCCCCACAACUACAGUUUACACAAUUCUUAGGAUAACACCGCAAGAUUGGCAAUCUAGUAUUUUGCACCAUAUUUCAUGGCACUCAAUGUCAUCCUGGCAUUAAUUGAAAGUGGCCUUCAAAACCAAUUUUGCAUACACGAUAAUUUUGCAGUGUUGCCUUCCUUGGAAGUGUACAAUAAAUGUUAAAAGACUUUGCUCAAGAUGGUAUAUGGAGUGUGUAUUCAGGUAAUUAAUACAUUCACAGCUUUAUGGUGAGUGCACUCUAGGAGUAGCAGGGUUAUGACAUUGAUUUCUGUGCCUUUUCAAGAAGAAUUAUGGACACAAUUUUAAAUAGUUUGGUACUUCUGCAUUGGAAUGUGUUCCAUAGGUGUGCAAUUUAAGAAUGUUUUAAAUUUACAGUGUUUGAUGUUUGCAUGAGAUUAUAGUUACCAAAAAAGGCCCUACAUGUUCACAAUUAUUAUUAGUGCCAAAUAUAACCAAACUGUAGUUAAAUAAUUUUUAAAAUGUAAUUUCCUACUCAAUUUAUGUUACAUGUAUUUCAAUAAAACUUGCUUUGUGGGAA